CAUCCCAAGCCUCUUCUUCAUCACGCUACGGUUAAAAUAAUUACCAAUAUUUUCCGAGUUAAUUAAUUAAGUAAUUACAUUGAUUAGCGGGUAAUUACUUAGUAAUUACUAGUAGUAAAAAAAAUGGGAAACGGUUCGCUGGCAGCAGCUUUUCUCAUUUAUUCUCUUCUUCUCUUCCAAGUUUCCUCAACUGCUUCCCUCCAAAACCCUCAUCUUGUGGUCCAAGAUGUAAACAGCAGGAAAAAUGCAUCGUCCGUGGCGGUGGCCGGCGCCCCCGCACUGGGGAGAAAAUUGUUGAAGAGCAGCUCGUCGUCCGGUGGUGGUAGUAAGACGGGCAACCCCAUAGACGACUGCUGGCGUUCCGACCCCGAUUGGGCCAGCAACCGCGGGAGGCUGGCGGAUUGCGCGGUCGGGUUCGGCAAGGGAGCGAAGGGCGGCCAGGAAGCGGCCGGCAACCCUUACGUGGUGGACAACGACGGGGACGACGUCAACAACCCGGAGCCGGGGAUGCUCCGGCACGCGGUGAUCCAACCCGGGCCGACGUGGAUAAUCUUCGCGAGGGACAUGACGAUCAAGCUGAAGGACGAGCUGGUGGUGAUCCACCCUUUCAAGACGAUCGACGGGCGGGGCGUGGACGUCCACAUCGCCGGGGGGCCGUGCCUGAACGUCCACGCCACGCACAACUUCAUCCUGCACGGGGUGAGCAUCCACGACUGCCAGGUGGGGGGGAACGAGAGGAUCGGGGAUGCGGGGUUUUUCCAGAGGUCGGACGGGGACGGGAUUCAGGUGUUCCAGUCGUCCGACGUCUGGAUAGACCACUGCUACUUCUCCAACGCCGUCGACGGGCUGGUCGACGUCAUAGCAGGGUCCACCGCCGUCACCAUAUCCAACAACCGCUUCACUGACCACAACAAAGUCAUGCUCUUGGGACAAUCCGAUCAGGGUCAUGACACCAACAUGAAGGUCACAGUUGCCUAUAAUGUUUUUGGGGAGGGCCUUACCCAAAGAAUGCCCAGAUGUAGGCAAGGGUAUUUCGAGGUGGUGAACAAUUACUACCCCAGUGGGUGGCAUGAGUAUGCCAUUGGUGGCAGCUCAAACCCUACAAUUAAAAGUCAAGGCAACGUUUUUGUAGCUCCCUCAGAUGGAGACCAUUUGGAGGUGACAAGUAGGGAGGAUGUACCAGAGAGCGAAUAUAAGGGUUGGAAUUGGGUAUCUGAAGGGGACAAGAUGGUAGGAGGUGCUUUUUUUGUUCCAUCUGGGGCAGAUAGCUCAUCUUCCGUCUACGCCAAGGCUAGCAGCAUGGUUGCCCAACCUGCCGAAGCCGUUCCCGAUAUCACCCGCAAUGCGGGUCCCUUCAAGGAUUUGAAAUGAGUUCCACGUACGCAUGCAUGCAUGAAUACAUGCGUACGUGACUCCUCCUACACCAUAUAUAGUGAUUAUGAGGAACUUAUAUAUAUACAUAGUUGCAUGCAUGCAUAUGCAUGACACCUAGUGUGUUGUUGAUGAUGGUGAUGCAUGCCCUAUAUAUGCAUCCCUCUUUUUGUGUUUGUGUCUUUCUUUCUUCCACAUAUAUGCACCUUAUUAUAUAUGUCGUCCUCGUUCGAGCCGUAGGCUCGGUUUUUUAU